CAUUUUACAGCAAGGCAAACGAUUAUCCAAUUUGCUGCAGCUGUCGGACACCACCACUUUGUCCCCACUUCAUGGCCCGUUCCAUAUGAUCCUGCGGUGCCUAUAACCAACACGAAUAGAUAUGGUGACAGUCGCAGGGCCGCUAGUGGCGUCUAGAGGCGCCUGGCACGCAUGCGUGCUAGUGCUCGCGCUCCUGUGCUCGCGAGCGGCAGCGGAUGCAGUAGCGGACUUCUAUGGCGACCUAGUGGCACAGCCAUCAAAGCUGGCGCGGAGCGUGGAGAAGAAGGGCAUGAUCCCGGUGGAGCGAUGGGACGAUAAACUGUUUAGCUUUGAGCCUUUUCACCACUGGGUCAUGAACAGCUCCAUCUACCGGAGACAGGUGCCGCGGAAUUACCCGAUGUCGUUCCCCUGCGGCGUGUGGGUAAACCACCAUUACAAGUUCGUGUUCAUUCGCAACCGCAAAGCGGCGUCCACGACCGUAACGGACAACUUUGACAAGUGCCACUAUAAGAACGCGGACGCCAAGCUGUGUAUCGAGGUGGCCAGCUUGGCCGCCCUGAAGGAGCGGGGCCUGGACCCGGCUGACAUGUGGCGCGACUACUUCGUGUUCAGCACCAGCCGCAACCCCUGGGCGCGGGCCGGCUCCUCGUACGACUACUGCUCCACCAAGUGGGCGCGCACCAGCGGGCCGUGCAGCCAGCCGCCCUUCGGCUCCUUCUGCCGCGACCCGUCCAUCCUGGGCAAGAUCACCAACCUGUUCCACUGCUUCGACCGCGUGGGCAUGUACCACGACUACUACCACACAGAGCCCGUGGCGCCAUGCCUCACCACCGAGCUGGGGCUGCCGGCCGUGGACUAUCUCAUCAGGUACGAGAACCUGGCUGACGACCUGCCCGAGGCGGUGCGCCUCAUCAACGAGCGGCGGGACAAGUCGCUGCCGCCCAUACCCGAGCCCAAGAUCUACUGGAAGAAGAAGGGCCAGGCCGCUCGGUCCAGUGAGGAGUCCGGGGUGGAGUCCACCACGGCAGCGCUGGUGGGGCACGGCGAGAAGUACCGGCAGUGCGGCAUGCAGUGCGUGCGCGACAUCUACGAGUACUUCAAGGUGGACUUUGAGCUGUUCCAAAUGCCGCUGCCCAAGUCGGCGCCCAGCAGCUGAGCAGGCAUAGCCUGCCAGUACUGCCAUUGCAGAUUUGCAGCAUGGCAGCAUUGUAGUAAUCGCGUAGCACAGCACUGGCGUGCGAGUAUCGAGGUCAGCGUGGUGUUCGGGGGUGGAGGCCACGGGAGGAGGCUGGUGACUGGCCUAGUGGGUGCACUCGCCGGGAAAGAUACCGGGCCAGUGGCAUCAGUGGCGACUAGGUUUCGCUUAGCAUGCGCGCGGGCGUGAAGCCGGUAGGUAGACAUAGAAGUGAGAGUGGGGAUUUGAUGCGUCGUGCGGCUUCAGGACUGGGACGGCGCAGAUUAUUAGACAGGCGGCGACGGCCGACCGCUCGGGUGAUGACUGGCAAGGCGGCCGCGCCACGGACAUGCAGCUCAGUGCUCGACAGAUUGCUUCGGCAUGUGGAGACGCCGCGUUGGCGAGAGCCACGAAUAGCCGUGGCGGCAUGUCGCACCCCUGGAGGGCACUGUACUCGUACCUGCUCAAAGUGCAUGUGAGCCUGUUCUUACAACCGGGUCAGUGCACGUCGCCUAAGUGAUGCAACACACAUGUUGGCCAGAAGGGGCGCUGCAUGCUGUUUGGGGUCUUAAUGCGGUACGUGUUUUAGUCGGCGUGGGAGGUUUCCCGGCGGUUUCCCGGCAGGGAGGUUCCCUUCACUGGCGCCAAGCCAUGAGGCCAUCACAAGUUUAUGACGAGUGUUGCGGAAUUGCGGUGUCAGUAAGUCAACGCACCAGACGAGCGUGACCGCUACCAAUUCACACAAUCCAGGCGCGUGGGAGCAACACUGCGCAGGAGGGCAGGACGUGUGGCGGGCUGGCGGCCCUGAAAGUCUGAAACACGUUGGGAGCUGAUUCAGCGGAAGCAGCUGGUGUGCUGGCAACGUCUGGAGAGCAGCGACACGGGCUGCGCGUGUGGCAUGAUGGCUUGGAGCCAGCAAAGCUUCGCCCCGGCAUCCACAGUCUACGUAGCCAGCGUACCAGGCGGGUAGAGAUGUACCGUAUUCCCGGUGGACACCAGGUUUUGGCGUGCCGUGAUGGCACAGUGCAUCUCGGAGCUCUACUGAAGCCCGAUGGAAGGCGCCCAAACACGGAGGCAGAGUACCCAGGGAAGAACCGCAGCCCAGGGAAGAGCGAGACCACAGGCUAAGGUUGUGUGCCUCCAAUACGCAGCAUCCAGAAUGUGAUGCAUCGCCCAGACGAGGUCGGGAACAGACGGGCGCCGCAGUCGCGCCGACAGACACGGAGCGAACGUGUCGGUAUGUGCCCCACGCACGUAACACAGGACCGCGGACUUUUUGACGCAGCCGUCGCGGUCAGUUCCGGAAUACAUCCGGUUGUUAUAAUGCCAGUCGCCCAGUCUCGUUGCACUCAUAACGGUUAAUCAAGUCACCCCGCACUGUAGGUCUCGGCAUUGCAUUCCUGACAAACUAUGGUAUCGCGCUCCGCCUAGGUCACGAAAUGAGCGCCCGCUCGCCCAUGGAUGCAUAAACAUCCAAUAUUGUAGCAUGUAGCGCUGUAUCGGCGGUAGGCGAUGCUCCAGGUCUCACUCCAGGCAUGGCACUUGACCAAUUUCCUGAAACGCCCGUAUAAAUAGGCC